AAAAAAAUUAGUUGGACAUCACAUUACUAUUAUGGCCCCAAAACGCAUAAACGCAAACAACAUGAAGCACCGCAUGCAUCUUCUUAACCAUAAUAUAAUAUAUCUAUCCAUUUUUCUUCCUCAAUAUACCUCUACCCCCUACAUUGUUCUCUUCUCGGACCCCGCCGGAAUUUUGCCGGAAUCCAUUUUUUCCGGUAGAGAACUAACAAUCAGAAUACAUAUAGCUUUUUUUCAUUUUUGCCAUAAUUAUUGUAUAUAGUGAAUCGAUGAAAGAAAUUAGUGUUUCAUCAUCAUCCAUGAUGAUAUCCAAAUACAUAUUUUUUGGUGUUCUAAUAACAAUACCCAUUCUCCUUUUUCUCUCUCAUCAGAACUCAUCCUCCUCCGCCCUCAUCUCCACCACAACAACAUCAAAUUCUGAUUCGGAUCUCAAAAUCCGACCCGGAUACUCUACCUACGAUUUGUACAUAAAGAAACAGCUAAACAAGACACUCAAUCCCAAACUUCGAAAAAUCUGGACGACUCGUGAUUGGGAUAGGAAAAUUGAAGUUUUCACAAAAUUCUUCGCCGAAUUCAGAAAUGGUAAUUUACUCUCAGAUUCAUCGAAGGUACUCUGCAUUGGUGCCCGUAUGGGUCAGGAAGUGGAAGCACUGAAACGGGUCGGGGUUUCGGAUUCAGUCGGAAUGGAUCUGGUACCUUAUCCACCAUUGGUGGUGAAGGGAGAUUUCCAUAAUCAGCCGUUCGAUGAUGAGACGUUUGAUCUGGAAUUCUCUAAUGUGUUCGAUCACGCACUUUUUCCGGAGAAGUUUGUAUCGGAGAUCGAACGGACUUUGAAGUCCGGCGGGUUUUGUGUGUUACACGUGGCGUUAUCUAAACGAGCAGAUAAGUAUUCGGCGAAUGAUUUGUACAGUGUUGAACCGUUGAAGAAGCUGUUUAAGCGGUCUGAGUUGGUUCAUACUCGAACCGUUGAUGGGUUCGGUUUGGAUACGGAAGUUGUUUUCAGGAAAAACAGAUGAUUGAACCGGUUUUUUAAAAUGUUUUAACUUUUUAAUUUUUUAUUUAUAUUCCAGGUUGGACUAAUGCUGGAUAAUAAUUUAUUUUUUGAAUUUUAGUAAUUGUACUGUUUGUAGAGUCAAUAUACGUAACUUUUAUUCUUUGAACGAUAAGUUUGUGCCAAA